CAGAGGGAAAGACAGUGCACUCAGGAAGAAGAGACUGCAUCUACAGGGAACAACAGGACGACCUGAAUUCAGCCUGAAAAAGCAACAGAACGGGACAGAAGGAGAGGGAGUUGUGCUCAGAGGAGGAGCUGCUGUCCCAGGGCUGGCCCCUGCUUUGCAGCAGCUCCGUGCACAGGCGUGUGCGAGUGUGUUUGUGUGUAUGUGAGGACGUGAUGAGAGCACAGGGAGAGUCUGAGGCUCGGGGAGGAGCGAGCAGAAUCGGCCGAGGAAUCUUAGGUCUUGGUGAGGCGCAGGCAGCCUGCUGGAGCACAGGACUCGAUUAAACAGGACAAAACUCGCACACUCGCUGGUAGAGUGUAUUUUCCCUUUGACAGGGCAGAGUGGUGGGGGGGCAACUUUGGUCAUUUGUUUUUAUAUCUCUAUCUACUGAGCAGCGGCAUAAAGGACCAGCAUCACCGGCACCAUGAGUCGAUGGCUGAAGUGCACCUCCCUGUACUUUAACACCGACUGGAAUAAGUAUGAUGACAGGCUGAUGAAGGCUGUGGAAAAAGGAGAGGUGGACAAGGUGUCAGCUGUCCUCAGUAAGAAAGGCAUCAUCCCCACCAAACUAGACGUGGAGGGCCGCUCUGCUUUCCAUCUCGCUGCCUCCAGAGGACAUUUGGAUUGCCUUAGCGCCAUCCUCGUUCAUGGUGUUGAUGUCACAGCCAAUGAUGCCACAGGAAAAAAUGCUUUACACUUGGCAGCUCGGAAUGGACAUUCAUUGUGUGUGCAGAAGCUUCUACAGCAUAACUGCCCUGUUGGAAAUGUGGACCUGCAGGGAAGAACAGCCCUGCAUGAUGCUGUCAUGGCCGGCUGCUCCUCCAGUGUUAAGCUGUUGUGUGACAGUGGGGCUUCGGUCAACGCUAGUGACUUUGAUGGGAGAACUCCACUGGUGCUGGCCACUCAGAUGUGUCAUCCCCGUAUCUGUCAGCUCCUGCUGGAACGAGGGGCGGACAUCCGAGUGCGCGACAAGCAGAACAAAACCGCCUUGAUCCUGGGCUGUGAAUUUGCCUGUAAAGAUGCUGUAGAGGUUUUGUUGAAGAGUGGCGCUGAUGUCACUGCUGUGGACAGCUUCAGCCAUGACAGCUAUCACUACGCCCGACUCAGCAAAAACCAGGAGCUCAUCAACCUGGUCAAGAGCUACCUGGAUAAUGCAAAAGCCAAAGAAGCCAGCAGAGUGGAGCUGAAGAAGAGACAGCUGUCUGUGGAUGUGGCCCUUGAGACGUCAUCUAACAGGGAUCAGAUUAUUCAUGAUCUUGAGAAGCAGAAUGAGAGCCAACAGGAGAUUCUGAAGAAGUAUCAUCUGGAACAGAGAGCUCUACUGGACAAAGUCAGUGUUCUGCAACAGCAGCUCAGUCAGGAGAAGUCGAUGGUGGAGGACAUUCACAAAGAGAGGGAGCAUCUGAAGCGCAUGCUGUCUGCCAGAGAGAAAGAGACCACAGCUCCUGAGACUGUGAAGGUUCAGCUCCGGAGCCAUCUGGGAGAAUACUCGGGCCAGUCCGUGAUUAAAGGGAAAGAAACUGUUCUUGUCAGACAAGGUCAAAGUCUGGAUUCAGCUCAGGUUUUGCAGCCUUCUGUUCCAUCACGUUCCAUAUCCAGGCCAUUAGAGCUCUCUCACCCAGUGAUUGCAACCCCUAACGAGGUGGAGACAUUACGUCAGGAGCUAAGGUCCACCCGUAAGCAGCAGGAGGCUGCACAGGAAGAAAUAGAACGCCUCCAGGCAGCGCUCACACGAAAGACCAAGGAGUGUGAAGAGCUUGUCCAGAGUCGUGAUGCCACAAAAAGAGAAUCAGAUCGGCAGAUUCAGGAGCUGGAGGGAGCGUUGGGAGACGUCCAGAAGAGGAUGCUGGACUCUGAAUCUAAGGUCAAGCAGCUACAGCAACAUGUGAUCACGGUAAAGGAACAUCUCGGCAACCAAAUGUUAGAUGACCUGAAAGCUCAGCUCAAUGAGGUCAAGGUUAAAUAUGAAGGUGCAUCAGCUGAGGUCGGCCGAGUCAGGAAUCAUUUGAAGCAGAGCGAGAAAGCUUUAGAGGAAUAUAAAAAGAGUGAAGGUCUGUUGGCUGAAGAUGUAGAGAAGCUGACAGGUGAGCUGAACGCAUUGAGAGAAGAGCGUGAUGAGAUAGCUGCGACUCUUCUAGGAAUGGAGACUCGUGCUAAAGAAUCAGAGAAACGUCUGGGUGUCAUGGUGCCUGGAGAGAAGUUUGACAACAUGAAGAACCUUCUGACUAAUGCGGUGGACGAAAAGGAGAGGCAGCUGGUGGAGCUGCGGGAGGAUUACGAUCGUGUUCUGGAAGAGGUGGCCGAGCUCCACAGGGAGGUGGACCACCGGGACACUGUCCCCCUUCAGGAACAUGAGAGACUCAGGGUGGCUCUGGAGGAACAGAGUGAUGUACUGAAGAAAAAGUUAGCAGAUGUCACUUCUAAAUGUCAGUCACUGAUCUGUGAAGUCGAGGACGGUGAGGAUGAGAAGGAGCUACUUCGAGAAGAGCUGCAUGAACUCAGCAAGAACCUCCAGACCCAGUUUGUUCCUCUUGAGACUCAUGAGAAAUUGGAGAGAACUCUGAGUCUUGCUUUGGAGGAGCUUAAGGACCAGCUUGAUGAAGCAACCGGAAGAAGAACUCAUGCUGAAGAGCAGUUGAGGAGGCUCCAAGAGGAGAUGACUUCUCUGACUGAAAACAUGAGCAUCCUGAAGAGCACGCACAUACCCAACGAAAAGUACGAAAGUGAAAUGGCUGCACUUUCAGCCCGUAAAGCAGUGAUGGAAAAGGAUCUAGAGAAUCUCCAAAAGAAGUACAAAGAUAAAGAGAAGGAGCUUGAGGUUGUGGUUGCUGAGAACAUUGCACUGAAACAGAGCUUGGAAGGACAGUUUGUUAAAAGAGAAGUAUAUGAGAGAGUGCAGAAAGAGUUACAAGAAGCUUUGCAGAAAGCCAAGGCAGAAAUUCACAAAUUGGAAGAAGAUGGAAAAGUUAAAGAAGACGAGUUGAAGAAGGUGAAAGAGGGAAGCGUUAUGUUAAAAGAAAACCUGCAGGAGACAUUGGAAAAGGACUAUAUUAGCAUUAUGGACCAUGAGGCAAUGAAAAGCCAGUUAAACAGACAUUUAGCUGAAGCAGAAAAUAAUGCUAAAGAAGCAUUUUCCAAGUACAAGUCUAUUCAAGAAAGUACUUUAAAACUUCACAAAGAAAUUGAAGAUCAGAAGAAAGAGCUGGACACUAUUCAUGAAGCCAUUCAAUCGAAAUUUGUGCCAGUGAGUACCCUGGAGGAAAAGGAAAAGGCUUUCAAUACCACUGUGAAGGAUCUAAGAGAGGAAUUAGGAAAAAUGGAAGAGAAAUACAAAAGUGCAAAGACUGACGUGGAACAUGAGAGACAUGACAAAGAGACUGUGAAAUUAGAGAUGGAAACUGUGCAGAAGAAACUGGAGGCAAACAUGGUGUCUAGUGAAAAAUACAGAGAAAUAGAAGAGGGCUAUAAAGGCCAGAUGGAGAACUUGAGUCUAAAGUUAGUGGAACUGGAACAGCAGUACAUGGAGGUAACUGUUCAGAGAGCUGAACUGGAGGAGCAGAACUCGCUCUGCAAUGCUGAAAUGAAGAACCUUCAAGACCGUCUAGAAAAUGAGUAUGUUCAUCUUGAGAAGUUUGAGUGCAUGAGGAACUCGCUGACCUGCAGUUUGCAGGAGGCACAGGCUGAGUGCAAGACCCUCACUGAGGCCUACAAUUUGGAGGUCCAGCGCAUCCACAAACUGGAGAAAGAGCUGCAGAGUCACAGUACUGAUGCUGACUUACUGGAGCAAAACAGCCAUGCCAGAGAGACCCUGGAGAGAGAAGUGGCCAAGCUCCGUUUGGCCCUGAGGGAAGAAGAGGAGAUCAGUGCCCAGAGGGCUGAGGACGUCUCCACUCUGCAGUCAGAGCUCCUUAGAGCAACACAUGCUUUGGAUGAACUUCGCAGUCAUGAAGGUCAGUUGGUCGAGCUCAAAGCUGAGAAGCAGAGGCUAGAGGAGGAGGUAGGGGAGCUCAGUGAUAGGCUCUUAGGUCUAGAAGAGCAGUGCGAGGAACUAUACCAGGAUGCAGCCAAGGCGAAAGAUGCCGAGAAUAGAGCAAAGAUGGAGACUGAGGCCCUGCAGGCCAAAAGCAGCUCGAUUGAGAAAGAGAUCCAAGAUCUUAAAGAGAGAUACGAUGACUCACUCAGCACCAUCGGAGACCUCCAGAAAAGGAUUCAGACUUCCUCAGAGCAGACCGAGGCCAAAGACAAAAGGAUCACAGAGCUGUUGGCAGAUGUGGAGAGGUUGAAACAGGCUCUCAAUGGUCUGUCCCAGCUGGCUUACACUGGCAACACUCCCAACAAGAGACACGCUCAACACAUUGACACACUCCAGGCGCAGGUCAAGAGCCUCCAGCAGCAGCUGGCUGAUGCUGAGAGGCAACACAGAGAGGUGGUUUCAAUUUAUCGAACUCAUCUUCUCAGUGCUGCACAGGGUCACAUGGAUGAAGACGUUCAGGCAGCGUUGCUACAGAUUAUCCGAAUGAGGCAGCAGUUUGUGUGUUAAACCCGGCCUAGAGACGCUCUCCGACUCAAAUCCACUGCAUCCACUGAAGGUGUGCAGUUAGUAAACAGGAUCAGCCAAAAAGCAUCAAAGAUAUUAGAAAUGUCACUAAUCACAGAUCAGCAUCCACGUCAUAGACUUUUUAGGUUACUGAACUCUAGUUUUCCUGGGCCUUUUUUCCUUUUACCUUUUACCGUGUACCUUUUAAAUUAUAACCUUAAUUAAAAGCUAAUUAAAGGUACAUCUGUGAUCCUUAAUAACAACCUUAUAAUUGAAUGCGUUUUAAAGCUAUGAUCCGUUCACGCUACCACAUAAAACAUAUAUGCUUUCUAAGAUAUAGAAGAAAUAGAUUAGAAUGAAUAGAUUACUAUUUUUUUCUGGUAGUGAUGCUUAUAAAUAAUCUGUUUGAGAUGCUGAGGAAGAAUAAUUGAGUGGUUUGAUAUUUUGUGUUGUAGGUUUGCUUUGGAAGCAUAAUGGAAAGGCUUAGGGAAGAAAAAGAAUCAGUUUCCCCCUCUUUUCUCCCAAGCUGCAGUGCAUUGUGGGAUUUCCUAUUCUGUACUAUGCUUUUAGAUUAAUAAAUUGGUCACCUUUUCUUCUGUACACAGACGAAAACUACAUUUUUUUUUUAGAUAUUUUCCAAUAACACUGGUCAGGGAGCAGGACUCCUGCACUUUUUUUUGUCAGGCACAAAAUGUAAGGUCCAGGUGAUUUGACCCGUACUUAGAAUCAACCUUUUUUUAAAAAAAUAAUAAGCUUGAUCACGUUUCGCUCACUGAUGAUGUGGUAGCCAGCUGUGCGUUCAUGGAUUUGAGUCAGUGGACGUUAAUGGUGCUAGGUGACACACGACACAGCCUGGAGACGAUGCCCGGACGAUGCUGCCCUCUUGUGGUGUGACUUGGCUGGCCAAGUUUUGAUGACAUGAAUAGUUCUUUGUGGUUCAUUUCACUGUAUAGCUGCAGAUGUGAUGCAUUUGCGAUUAUUGUUAUUAUUAUUAUUAUUAUUAUUUUUUUCUCGGUGCUUCCGAAAUCUGAUAUUUUUUAUCAGGGCUUUGUACUACUUUUGAUUAAUGGUCACCAUGUUUAUGGUAAUACUAUUCAGCAGGACUGGACUAGAAUGACACAAGGUACUUUUUCAUUUUAUUAAUGCCCCCCCCCUUUCGGAAAUAGUACAGUGCAUUCAGACGCCACUAGCUGACCUGUAGCUUUAGCACUGACAUUAACGAUAAACUACAACAGCAAGUUUACUUUAUUGACUGCGCCUCUACGCUAAAUGACGAUGCUGAUAAUUUAUUGUGUAAAAAAUGGCUACUGAUUUUUACUAACUUAUAUGAACUGAGGUUCUGUGUAGACCGUGCCAAAUCUUACAUGAGGAGACUAAUCAUUUUAAAUUCUGCUAUUUGAUCUUGAACUAGUUUGCUUUAUAUUUUACAGAAUUAUAUUCUUUCUUUUUUUGUUUUCUUUUAAACAAUUGUGAAUUCUAACACCAAUAAAAGUGCCUGCUUCAG